UUUUUUUUUCGUUCUUUUAUCUUUUUGCAUUAAAUUUAAAACAUGUUGAUAGUUUGUUACUCUACGCUCAAAAAGAGAAUAAAUAAUAAGCCUCUCUUAAUGAGAGCAUUCUCUAUUUCUGCUAUGAACCUCAAAGGCAUCUCACUCUCUUGUAAGAUCAGCAAGACUCGAUUUCCAACGCGCUAUUUACUCUUGUUUUAAAAUAGCUUACCCUUAUGUCCAUGCUCACCAAGACAAAUCUAAAGAAGGAUAUGCAAUUUCAUAUGUCUCGACGGAUGAUAUCAAAGGCAAAUCAAUAGCUUCGACUCCUGAUGUCAUUAUUGGCUGGACAACCGAAAAAGACCAAGUAGAUCCAAAAACUUUUGUUGAAAAUCAAAGAUUUGUCGAUUUUAUGAGCAAGGUUUUUAGAAAAAAUAUUCAUCAAGUGGAUGAUACAAAUCUGAAGGCUUUAGCUGAAUGGCAGAAAGAAGGUUGGCUUCAUAUCGGCGAUGAACGCAAUCCCCCUCCAUGGGGUAGAAUCAACUUUCCUGAGGAUAUUAUAGGCAGUGUUCAAUUAGAAGAAGGCAAAAUUAAAGAAGGCACCUAUGAGCCUAUGCCUACACAUCGCAUGGUCACCAAUGAUGGUCUUUUUAAAAUGUCUGAGCCAUUGACUCAAUGUGUCAUUAAUGCUGCUAAAAAAUACGUUUCUAAUGCUUAAGUUUCAAAAAAUAAACAAUGUCUUUCUCGAAAUCCA